AUGUCUCCGACUCAACACCCCCCUCUCCCACCGAACAUCCGACCAGCCCUUUCCUCCGACAUCCCUCGUCUCGGUCUCCUCUUUGUCGCAUCCUUCCACUACUCCCCAAACACAAAAUGGUAUCGUCCGUACUAUCCUCGGUUUCCAGAAGAUAUGUUAGCACAAUACACCGCGUGGUCAAUAAACUACCUCGAAGAUCCGCAGUAUAUCACCUUGGUAGCGACCGAUGCCUUCGACCCUUCCGAGCGCUCGAAAACGGAGGCACAUUUCCCUGCGGGCGUGACUACGUGUCUUGGAGAAGAUGUCAAGGAGGGAGAUCAAGUACCUGUUGCAAUCGGGAUUUGGAAAGUUGGGAUUGAGCGCGGACGAGAGUGGCGGGAAGCUGGAGGAAAGGUCCUGGAGGGCGCUCAGCUGCCGCCGAAACCGGAGACGCGGAUGAGGGAUCGAGAUCAGGGCCACUGUGAUGCGAUGUUGGGAAUAGAAAAGGCAGCGCGUGAGAGGUGUGGAUUCAGUAGGCUAGUGGAGCUGGACAUGCUGGUAACUCAUCCUGCAUAUUGGGGACGGAAGCAUGGAACUAAGUUGGUGAGGUGGGGUUUGGAGUAUAGUCGCAUGAACAAGGUGGGUCAGGGUGUUGUGGGACCGCCGAUGGGUAUGAGGGUGUAUUUGAAGGAGGGAUUUGUAGAGAAAGAAAAAAUGACUUGGAAUGGAGAUGAGAUUACUCCGGAGGGGUUGGCGAAGCAGAUCGCUGUUUACGACUUGGACUGA